AUUUAUUAAAAGGCAUUGUUAAAUGGCCACCUCUGUACAGUGCAGACUUAGACUUUGCUGCAGUGGUAAUGAAUGAUGACCCCAUUCAUUCAAAACACAUAAACUAGAUUCGUGCUCUAUUUAAUCGUUUUAGUGCGUACACCCUCUGUUUUCUUGUGAAACUGUCAAUUAUGUUUAUCCAACAUGUGGUUGUAUUUGUGGUAUUAAAUACAUGACGAGGCUUAUUAAGCAAAAACAAGCAAUGAGACGAGUUUUUGAAAAGAAGAACAUGAACGAAGUGUUUAUUUUCUUGCUGUAUUUGUCGAUUUUAAAGCAACGAUUAAGCAUCAGAAGACGCUAACAUGAUAUAAAUCAUGUUUGUAUUGAAUUAUUGUGUGAUGGAAGUGUAAUAAAAUGGUUUAUUUCGGUUUUAUACCCGUGUUUUAAAACCGGGUUAGGAGUGCCAAUACGGCGCUGCGACGCUGCUACAUUACAAUUGACACAACAACAGUGUUCCACUUCCACGACCCCGCUCACAUGGACAGCGUAGCCUAGCCAUGUGCCCGUGUGUACACGCUUUCUGGAGGAGGGCUCUGAUUGGUCGAGGGGCGUUCCCCUUCUGUAGCACGCGUCAGCGGAAUUGUUCUACGAUUGGCCGAAACGGAGACCGUGACGUAGCGCAUUGCAUAAUCCACUCCACACACGCUUCUCGUUGGCGCGAGGCUCGGCUGCGAGGUACACGUGAGACUGUCGCGGCUGACCUAGAUUUCUUUUCCUCGCGCUGUGUGUCCACAGAAAUGCAUGACAGGUCCACGUGUGGGUGGGUCGUGAAAGAGAACAGUCAUGGUUGAGGAGGAGUCAUCGCCUACAUUUCCUCCAGCUCUGCCUCCACCUCAGAGACCUGCAUGAGCAGCAGCCCCAGCAGCGGCUACAUGUCAACAUCGCCAACUCUGCCCCGGCCUUCCUUGCCUAGCCGGGCUGUGGGGAUGGUGGUGGACAUCGCGCCACCUGCAAAGCGCGGCCACGGUGCAGAGAAGGCCGGCCGCUCUUCCACAUCGGCAAAGAGCAGCAUCACAAAGAUCAAUGGCAUGGUGCUGUUGUGUAAGGUAUGCGGUGACGUGGCCUCGGGUUUCCACUACGGCGUCCACGCCUGUGAAGGCUGCAAGGGCUUCUUCAGGAGAAGCAUCCAGCAGAACAUCCAAUACAAGAAGUGUCUUAAGAUGGAGAACUGCACCAUCAUGAGGAUCAACAGGAACCGCUGUCAGCAGUGUCGAUUCAAGAAGUGUCUGGCUGUUGGGAUGUCCAGAGAUGCUGUGAGAUUUGGCCGCAUCCCCAAAAGAGAAAAGCAAAGGAUGCUGCUGGAGAUGCAGAACGCCAUGAACAACAUGAUGAGCAAAAACAGCCAGCUGCAUGGCAUGCUUCACGGCCACCAGAGCCCCUCGCUGCCCAUGGAGGCUAUGACCAGCGACGCCAGUUCCUCUUCGUCCUCUUCCUCUUCCUCCUCUUCUUCCGACUCUCCAUCGUGUUCCAACCCUUCCUCUCCGCAGUGCCCCCAAGAUUCAGAGUCUGUGGUUUCCAUGGACACCAACUCCAGCUCGGCCUCCUCCUGCGCGUCUGACAGCAGCGAGGACGAGUCCGUUGUCACGGGGAACAGGCAGCACCAAGAUGCCUUCGUGUUCAGCCAGCAGAGGUCGCCAACACAAGGCCAGGCCUCGCCCUCACCUGACAUGGUCGCCCUGGAGACGGGGUGUGACAGCCGCAUGGAGGAGCAACAGGAAAACUGGAACUGCUGGAACAACAAUGUGGCUGUUGGGCACCAGCGUUGUCCUUAUAGCGGCAGCCAACACGCCAACAGCUCUGUUUACAGGGAGGAGAGGGGAGGGUACCACCAGCAGCAGAUGUCACCACGACAACAGCAGCAGCCGCAGCUCAGCAGCGGCCCAAGCUGUGAUGCAUCCGCAGAUACCCAAAGACAGCCGGAAUUUAACAAAGAAACUGCCUCUGGUGGUUAUAACACACCAAGCAGCUGCAUGAAAAGCAGAGCAUAUCUGGUCUGCCCGAUGAACAGCUCACCAUAUGUGGAUCCUAGCAAGCCAAGCCAAGAGAUCUGGGAGGAGUUCUCUAACAGCUUCACCCCCGCCGUGAAGGAGGUGGUAGAGUUCGCCAAGAGGAUCCCAGGCUUCCGUGACCUCCCCGAGCACGACCAAGUUAGCCUACUGAAAGCUGGGACGUUCGAGGUGCUGAUGGUCCGAUUCGCUUCCCUGUUCAACAUGGCAGAGCGGACGGUUACCUUUCUGAGCGGAAAACGGUACAGCCUCGGCACGCUGCGAUCGCUGGGCGCCGGCGAGCUGCUCAACUCAAUGUGCGAAUUCAGCGAGAAGCUGGCCGCUCUGCGGCUCGACGCAGAUGAAAUGAGCCUCUUCACUGCUGUGGUGCUCGUCUCCGCCGAUCGCUCAGGGAUCCAAGACUUAAACUCAGUGGAGGCCCUGCAGGACAAACUGAUCCGGGCUCUGCGAAACCUGGUGAUGCAGAACCACGGCGACGAGUCGGCCACGACUUUCACCAAGCUGCUGCUUAAACUUCCCGAGCUGCGCUCACUCAACAACAUGCACUCUGAGGAACUGCUCUCAUUCAAAGUGCACCCAUGAAGGCUUCCUGAGAGGGGACAUUUUUAACCCUCCACCUCCUUCAAACCUCCACCAGGACCUGCCUCUUACCAGCCCCCCGCCCCCACCCUGCACAUCCUGUAUUCGACCAACCCAGUUGCGUGUUUGUCUCUAGAAUGUAUGAAGUUAUUUUUUAUUCAUCGUGGCUGAGUAGGCCAUGUGGGGACUGAGGAGAGAA